AUAUUUUAACUGCCUCGUAAAACUGAUAUACAUACAAUCCGGCGGGAAAAUGUGGCAGCCCAACAUUAUUAAAUGUCGAGCGAGGAGUAGUGGCGGGCAGUUGCGACCCGACCGUCAGGUAGGAAGGUUGUGCGUCCCCAUAGCGCAACCAGUGCUCACCUUUCCUCACUCGCUCCCUACGAAUCCAAAAUCAUUAUGUAUCGAUUCACGUUCUAAUUUAGCCACUUGGGAGACGAGAAAUGUAGGCGAGACAAAUUAUUACGAACAAGGAAGUCUGGACGCCUCCCCCACGGGCGCCACCGUCGUCGUCGCCGCUGCUACAAGCAAAGCGAGUCGGCUUUGUUAAUGAAAGAGGAAUCUUGUUUACACACGGCCCGCUCCCUGCCGGCCCGGGAGUGACGCCGCCGCUGCCGCCGCCGCCUGGACGGGACCACUCGCCGUGCCUCACUCGCCGAGGAGCGUGGAGCGGAGAGUGAGUGGCGGGCUAAAGAGUGAAUGAGUGCCGGGGAUCAAUGAACGCACGCUUGUGCCAUCAACCAUUCCUCACCUUUUUGUUCGUCUCGACAAGCAAGUGUUUGGAUUAGAACAUUGCCCGCUCUGAAGCCUCGACCCUCGACCCCCGACCCGCCACUCAAGACGCCUCCCCGGGGCUUCCUGCCGUGCGUGGCCGACUGCCGGAGAAGGAAACGUACGCCUGGCGCACCUUAGGGGACACUGCAGCCCACGAUACACCUGUCUGUGGAGUGGGUGGGAUGCUGUAGCUCCCUCCCCCUCUCCUCCCCUUGUCUGGCCACUCCUCCGGUCCUCCCCUCACCGAUCCGUUCUCUCCAGGUGUGCGGCCCAGCAUGCACGGCAGGUGUGCGCGGCCACGGAUGGUAGUCGUGACUGGGCGUGACGUCAUCUCACGUGUCACAUAUCCAUAAUGGGUGACGGCCGCGGCCAACUGGCAUGGAGAGGGUGCUCAUCACAAGUCUGCUGGCGGCCUGGGCGGCGGACGGGGCCACGCAGACGGGCAGCGGCUCCUGUCCUCGCCCUGAGGACAACCCGUGGUGUUCGUGCUACCACUUCAAUGACGGCGUCUUCCUGGAGUGCUCUGUGGUACCCCUGUCCCGGGUGGCCGCGGUUCUGGUUCAGCUUCGCCAUCCCGUCAAGUCCCUUAACAUCUACGACCUCGAGGCUAACCUGACCACUUUUCCCCCGGCACUUUUUGCCAACAGUGCCGGAGUCACCAGCCUCAAGAUUUCUCACUCAAAUCUGCGAGAGGUUCCGGAAAAUAGUUUCCGGGGCCUUCAAACCUCGUUGCACUCCCUAAGCAUUAUCCAUAGCCACCUCACAUCCAUUCCACAGGCAGCCCUGCAGCGGCUGCCCCGCCUGAAGACACUGGACGUCGAGGCCAACAACAUCACAGAGCUGCAGAGCUUUAGUUUUUUAAAUAUCAAACUGGUAAACCUUAACAUGAAGGGAAACGGCCUCAGGAUUAUUUCCGAGUACGCUUUCGACGGCCUGGAGGAAAGCCUUGAGGAGUUGAACCUGAUAAACAACAAGCUGAAGCAGCUUCCCAUCCCGGCACUACGAAGGCUCAGUAAGCUACGAAUUCUUAAGGCUGUCAGUAACCACAUUUCUGACGUGAUCAGUGACGGAUACUCGCGACUUCCAGCGCUGCAAGUGUUGGAUUUGAGCAGCAAUCGCUUCACGCAGCUCACUAGCACCAGCCUGGCCACCAUGCCCGCCCUGCUGUCUCUCUCUUUGUGUAGGAACCAUAUAGCCCAGGUAGCUGGUGACAGCUUUAUUCAGAAUUCCGGGCUACAGCGGCUGUGUCUCAGCCACAACAGCAUCAUGAGCCUGGCGCCAGAGACAUUUUCAUACACGCUGGCCCUUCGAGUGGUGGACCUCAGCCAUAACCACUUGCACGCCAUCAGCAGAGGACUGUUUAGUAACCUCCCUGAAUUACGGGAAGUCUUCCUCUCAAACAAUAACAUUCUCAGAGUUCAAAACAGCACCUUUGCUAAUUCAACCAAAAUUUCUUUUCUCUAUCUCCAUAACAACGAGAUUCACUCCAUUGAAAGUGGUUCAUUUGAUAAUUUGGAGGCUCUCUUUGACCUACAACUCAGCUAUAAUAACUUGGCGGAGAUCCCUGACGGGCUUUUUUCAGGCACUCGAGGCCUCAGCACUCUCAGCCUUGACAACAAUAGGAUCACAGAGUUGGCUGGGGCCACAUUUAGUCACCUCUCUAAGUUAAAGGAGCUUCGCCUCCAAAAUAAUAAACUCUCCAGGGUUGAAAAAGAUACUUUCUCAUCUCUUCCCCUCCUCCAAGAGCUGCACCUACAGGAUAACAUGAUUCAGUAUGUAGCUAAGGAAGCAUUUUCUUCGAUGACCAAGCUGCAGCAUCUCAAUCUGAAGGGUAACAAGCUCGCACAGGUGUCGGAUUCCCUCACUCGCUACCCUGCAAGUCUCAUAACUCUACAAUAUUCUAAAAAUCAAAUCAGCACAAUAUCAACAGAUGCUUUAAGAGGGCAAAAUAGACUUGAGAUUUUGUGGCUAAAUGACAAUAAUCUAACCAGCAUGCAGGAGGUGCUGGUGCAUGACCUCUCCCUCCUGCAGGAGCUGUAUCUCCAGAACAACAACCUCGGCUACAUCCAAGAUAAGUGCUUCCACAACAUGAGGAAGCUGAAGCUCCUCAAGUUAUCCAAUAAUGAUCUGCAGCACAUCAGCUCUCUUCUUUUCGAUGGUCUCACCUCGCUGGAGAUUCUGUUACUUGACCACAAUGGCAUCAGAGAAAUUGAGCCGAGAAUAUUCCAACGACUAGCCAGUCUGAGCCAUCUUGACCUUUCCCACAACGAGAUUCUGCACGUGCGACGCUUCAUGUUCGAAGGAAGUAUCCCUUUGAGGGUCCUGUUGAUGAAAAACUCUGCCAUCAGCGAAGUGGACCCGUACGCCUUCUCAAGCCUGCGCCAUCUGGAGGAGCUUGAUUUAUCUUACAACACCAUUGACCAACUCAACAGAAUCUCCUUCAGCGUACCCUCCAUCAGGAGUCUCAGUCUUGCAGGCAACGUUUUUCAAAUAAUCGAGGAAAAUGCAUUCUAUGACAUUCCUAACCUGGACUGGCUAGACAUGAGUGCAUGUGGACUAUUCCGCCUACCACCGCAUUUGCUAGCCAAGGCUGUCCAUCUCACACACCUCAACAUUGCCAAAAAUAACUUCACUGACCUGACCUCCCUCUUCUUCCAUAAGUUGCAGAAUUUACGAGAGGUUAUCAUGUCGCACAACAACUUGACUAAUAAGGUCGUAAACGCCGUCGAAGGUCUUACCAAACUCGAAGUACUUGUCCUAAACCAUAACCCAAUCGAGGAGCUACGGCAGCCCCUGAACGACCUUCCUAGCUUGAGAGAGCUGCACCUGUCUGCCACUAACCUAUGGAGGGUAGAUCGACACGUUCUCAUAAGACUGAAAAACCUUAAGACUCUCGAUCUCUCUGGUAAUCAACUGUCUGACAUCUCUCGGGGCAUGCUGGCAGGUUCGAGCGUCAGCCACCUUAAUCUGGCGGAAAAUCUUUUCCCUCAGAUCCCCAACACCAUCUUCCAAGAGGGCGCCCCAAAUCUCCGCGUCCUCAACAUGUCUGACAACCCCAUGAGGCGGAUCACGGACCCUCUGGUGGCAAUAGGUCCUCCCCUUACUUUAGAGGAGCUUGAGGCUGCCAGAACUAACCUGACGACACUAACAACUUACGAUCUACAGCAGAUGCCCAAUCUCCGCUACCUCAACCUCUCCCGUGCCUCCAUCAACACAAUCUCCCCCACCAGCCUAAGGAACUUGACGCACCUCACCCAUCUCAAUCUCGCUUACAACCGCCUCCAGAUCUUGCCAAAGGACAGGCUGCGCGGGCUACGAUCCCUCGUCGUCCUUAACUUAACAGGAAAUAUUCUCAAGAAGCUAGAACCUCUGCCUUCCGCCUCCCAUUCCCUCAAGGUGCUCGACGCCUCGGGAAACAAGCUGACGGGGUUGGCGCAGUCGUCCUUCAAACACAGCGAAUGCCUGGAGGUCUUGCUUCUGGGUGCCAACUGGAUUACCACCAUCCAUCCACGCACAUUCCUGCCUCUCACCACACUCCGCCGACUUGAUCUCUCCAAUAACUACCUGGAGGAGUUGUCCAUCGCACCUUUGGAACCCCUGGAGCGGAGGCUGGAAUGGCUACGUCUAGACGGUAACCCUUGGAGGUGUGGGUGCCGCAUGGGCCAGCUGUGGACUUGGCUCCAGGACCACUUGUCAAUGGUGCCGGACCUCCGUGAACUAAUAUGUCACCUUCCCAAGGGGCUCUCCGGGCAGCCUUUCCUGAUGCUGUCAUCGGCCAUGCUGUGUCCUCAGCCGCUCAUCCUUCAGCUGUCCGUGCAGGACAUCCAAAGUCAAUCCCUGGUGCUCAAGUGGCAUCCUUCCAACGAGUCCUCCAUUCAAGGCUAUAAGGUGUCGUUUCGGGAGACAGGCGAAGACGGCAGUGUGGUGGGCGGCCUCAAGACCCGCUCGCUAACCUCCACCCCCACAAACUACCGCCUGACGGGGCUGAGGCCGCGCACGAACUACCUUGUGUGUGUGCAUGGCCUGACCACGUCCGCCAACCCCACCACCUUCCAUCACCACCACACGACGCAAUAUGCUCCCGACCUGAGCAGCAAGUGUGUUCGGGUAAGGACACAUGACCCGCUUCCCACCAAGGUAGAGCUCAGUAACCGCCUCGCCAUCAUGAUCGGGGUCUCGUUGGGCAUCGCCAUCUUCUUCAUAGCUGGCACCAUCAUCUGCUGCCGCCAGAUGUGCAAAGACAGGAGUGAGGCGGCCAAGGCUAAGCUGGAAUCCAACGCCGGCGGCCAGGACUACCACACCUACAGGCAGUUCUCCGUCCAAGACAAUAAUGACGCCUCCGCCUCUGCUCCCAAAGAUGGACAGACAGAGUGCUAGUGACGCUGAGGCGCGGCAGGUCGUGCCGCAAGAGAGGUCUAGCGGAGAGAGGAACAUGCUCCCUCUCCCAAGAUUCAUAUCAGUCCAGUAGUUACGGCCUCCACCGCAGCUCCAUCUAACUCAUACAGCUGCAUUGGAUCUGAUUUCAGCUAACUGCGUGACUGCAGUAUUUCAUAAUUCGGUUAAAUGUUAACAAAAAAAUGGCACCCAUCCCUCCCUUUACCCUUACCAAAGUAGAGACUUUUAUAGCAAAUAAUCAAUACAAUGGGCCACCCUAAAGGCAUAAAGGAACAAUUGUGGAGCUUCGAGCUCCAAGACCCUUCCGUCAGUUUGUGCCUAUGUGUGGCUACUUGGGCGCGGUCGGUUGUAGAGAGGAACGGCGGCGCCCCGCAGCACUAACCCCUCCCCCCCCUCACACCGCUCAGCCAUGACGUGGCUGCUCUUACGCACCAUGAAUUUUACAGAGUUCAAAACUGACGUGUUGGAGUGUUGAAAAAGUAUUAAGAAGCAAUAGUUUAUCACGUUUUUGUGAAUAAUAGUUUUAUUAGAAAAUAAUAUAAAGCUGUUUUGAGAAAAAUGGUUACAUAUAUUAUAUUUAUUAGAAUGAAAUAUUCUUUAUUCUUGAGCUUUAAUAGAAAUAAAGUAAGCCGCUUGAUGUGUUCAACCCCAUGAGGAGCCACGAGCGGACGAAGGUUGCAACUCGGGACCAAAUUUCCGUGGAGAGGAGUCACCACGAGGACUAUAAUCAACAUGCAUCACGGGUACUUCCCUUCAGGUGACAGGCCUGCUACGCACAUCUCAGAAUUUCCCUUGAUAUCACAACAGUGGAUGGCAACGUCAUGUCAUCUGCUACAGUUCGUGGGAAAUAAAGUUUGGUUAGGGUAACAACAUCACCAGCAGCAUGUUUCUCCAGAGGCGGUAAUACAUCUGUUAUUUGCAAGGAUGUAGCGUUUGUUAAUCGUCUUGUUAUAAAGUCAGGGCCAGUCUGUCAGGGUGGAGCAAACCCAUAAGGGUUAGCACUCCCGCCUUCAAGAGCAGGGCGCCGCGCGGGAGGUUCCAGACCGUCGUUGUACAUUCCAAAUCGUAGGACUUUAUUGUGAGAGUUAAACUAGAAUCAAGUAGAUACAUUAGCAUUAAAAAUGGUGUUAAUUGUAUCGUAGUGAAACACUCAUCAACCUGGCCAUUUGACGGGCAUAUGAAAGCCAAGUAACCACCGAGAACUUUGCUUGAGAUGAGCUUUUCAAAUCAGCGCCUUUCAAGCACUUGACAGACGAAGUGCUCGGAGGUUACCUGGUGCCGGGGUGUUGGAGGGAGCACUUGUAGCCACCCACGCCACACACACACACACACACACACACCGGUAGGCUAAUACACACGGCACACACCUUGACACAUCAGCCACAGCCACACCUUAAACGUGGCACUCCCUCCGUGCAGUGCCUCGACUUUCCCACGGCUGUAACCCUGUUCGCCUAAAUUUAUAUACACCAAGUCAAGUCAUACGCAGGUUUGUGGGAGGAGACGCGACAGAGGCGUGGUUUAUGCGUGACACUGCUUGGAGCCAAACUAGAGAAUGUAGAAACAGGGAUUUCGAGAAAACGAAGAAAAGCGGACUAAUUUAAAUCAAUCACUUCAACAUGCCCUCGCUCACACCUCACAUCGCCGUUUGUAGUCAUUGAAAUUACAGUCACGCACAAUAGACAUUUUUUCGUCAGUGGCUUGCCUGAGCGCGCUGUGAAAGGAGGCGAGAAUGCACAUCCAGAGUGCACAUACGGCCCCAACUUUAGUCUCCCCUGAACUGGCGGGUAUUUUUUAUUUUUUUAUUUAUUUAUUUUUUUUUUUUUUAUAGCUUCAAGUGACGACAUCCCGCUGCUCCGCCCCAAAACCGCCUUCAGCGCGUAACGGUCGCAGUUUUGAAGCAGAGUGACUUGACUUGGUAUACAUAGAUUUAGCCUGUUCGCCACACAACCGGCGCGGCGAGUAUUUCCGUGCCAUCCAAUCCCUGUCAGGAAAGUCACUGAGGAAGGUUGACUGACCAUGUAGUCACUGUUCAGAGUAUCUUUACGCCCUGCCCGCUGAUCGAACAAAAUGAGUAAGUAGGUGAGCCUAUGCUGAUUUAGUAGUUUUAAUGACAGUGAGGUUGUGCAUACUCAUCCUAGCAGUUUCUUUUAUUGAAAUAGUAUACUGUAUAAUUUUUAGCACUGCAUUGGCCUAUUACUGUAUCAUAAGUACAGUGGCAUUCUGGUUUGUGCAUUCUUUUUUACUUUUAAUUCCAUUUAGGGAGAUAAGAAACUUUGAGUCGUGAUUACACAAACCUACAUAUCUCCAAAACCGAGUUAACUGUUAAGCGCUGUGAAGUGGAUACCGUAGAACCCUUCAUUGUCUUGGUGCAGUCUAGAUAACCGUUUAGCCACAACAUCUGUGUUUUCUUGAGAAGUACUACACGUACGCCGCUAAACAGUUUACAUCAUUUACGGUAACGGUACGUUUUUUUUUAUGAAGAAUGGCUACUGUGGCUUCUGUAUUCCUCCCGGACCAACGCUCAGCUCGUAAUAAGUCUGUCCUGUGUUUUCAACCUGUGAGGCUGCCGAGGAUGUAGGCUGUGUUAUGGUCGGUUUUAGUAUAUACUAUAUCCCCGCCUGUGGCCUUCUUGUAUAUACACCAGUGAAUAAA